GAGGCCGAGGCCGGGCGUGGGGUGGCGGCAUGGCGGCGGGGCCGGUGGACUGCCACUGCCACCUCUCCGCGCCCUGCUUCCAGCCGGAUGUGGCGGCCGUGGUGCGGGCGGCCCGGCAGGCGGCGGUGGCGGCGCUGGUGACGGUGACCGAGCAGGCGGGGGAGUUCCGGAGCGUGCUGGAGCUGUCCGACAGGUUCCCAGGGUUCGUGCUGCCAUGUCUGGGCGUUCACCCUGUGCAGGAGGUUUCUCCAGAAGAGCAACGCAGUGUUACUUUAAAGGAUCUGGAUGCAGCAUUGCCACUUAUAGAACUCUACAAAGAUAAGUUGGUGGCAAUUGGAGAAGUUGGAUUAGAUUUCACUCCCAGAUUUGCCAGCACAGAUGAACAGAAGGAAGGACAAAGACAGGUUCUGACCAAGCAGGUUGAGUUAGCAAGAAAACUGGAUUUGCCUUUAAAUGUUCACUCCCGCUCAGCUGGAAGACCGACCAUUAAUCUCUUAAAGGAGCAAGGUGCUUCAAAGGUGUUGCUUCAUGCAUUUGAUGGGAAGCCAUCUGUAGCCAUGGAAGGGGUGAAAGCUGGAUACUUCUUCUCCAUUCCUCCUUCCAUUAUAAGGAGUGAUCAGAAGCAGAAACUUGUGAAAGUGUUACCUCUGGAAAGUAUAUGCUUGGAAACUGACUCUCCUGCUCUGGGGCCUGAAAAACAGGUGAGAAAUGAACCAAAAAAUGUUUACAUUGCUGCAGAAUAUAUUGCUAAAAUUAAAGGAAUUCCGGUUGAAGAAGUUAUAGAAGUGACGACACAGAAUGCACUGAAAGUAUUCCCCAGACUUCGUAACUUCCUUCAGCUUGGCACUGCCAUUGGCUUUUUGUUGCCACCUGUCCUGGUUCCAAAUACCCCUGAUGAUAUUGAUCUAAUGGCACAUAAUAUAAGCAUAAUGUUCUAUGGAACAGCAAUAGUAUCCACGCUUUUGUUCUUCUUAACGGGAGUCGUGUUUGAAGAGAAGCCCAAAUACCCUCCCAGUCACUCUCAAGCACUCCUGCAAGCUAUGCCUCCUGAGGAUUACUCCUACAAGCAGUCAAUUAUUAAUUUAGUCAAAAAUGUCCCAUUUGUACUUCUGCUGAUCAGCUAUGGAAUUAUGACUGGAACAUUUUAUUCCGUUUCCACAUUAUUAAACCAGAUGAUAGUAACUCAUUAUGAGGGAGAAGAAGUGAACGCUGGGAGAAUUGGCUUGACACUGGUGGUGGCAGGAAUGGUGGGUUCGAUUAUUUGUGGUUUGUGGCUGGAUUACACUAAAACGUACAAGCAAACUACUUUGAUUGUUUACAUUCUCUCUUUCAUUGGGAUGGUGGUAUUUACCUUCACGCUGGACCUCGGAUACCUUAUAGUGGUGUUUGUGACUGGAGGAGUGCUUGGGUUCUUCAUGACCGGCUAUCUCCCACUCGGGUUUGAAUUUGCAGUGGAAAUUACAUACCCAGAGUCUGAAGGCACUUCGUCGGGUCUCCUCAAUGCAUCAGCACAGAUAUUUGGAAUUGUCUUCACGCUCGUUCAAGGAAAGCUUACAACAGACUACAGUCCUCGUGCAGGAAACCUCUUUCUUUGUGCUUGGCUGUUUGUGGGCAUUAUCUUAACAGCCUUAAUAAAAUCAGAUCUGCGAAGACACAACGUGAAUUCAGGGAUUGUGAAUAUGGACGUUAAAGCUGUACCAGUUGACAAUCCGGUAGAACGUGAAACUUGUACUGCAUUAAAAAUUCAGUCAGAUUUGUAAACCCAAAAGAAGAUGGCUUAGAAACGCACAAUUUUGGUUGAAUGCUGAACAAAAUUAGUGUAAUCACUGGAUUUUAUGUGUAUGAGUAGUAAAAUGUGUUUCGUGACUUUGGUGACAGUUGUGUGGUGGGAGCUAUGAAGAUGCUGGCUACGUUUUGCCCAAGAUAUAAACAGUAGGACUUUGUGUGGAAUAUUUGUUUUAACAGGUUAUGAGUUUUGCCACUUUGCUAAUGAAGAACUGUCUGAAUCACAGAAUCGUAGUGGUUGGAGGGGACUUCUGGGGAUCAUCGAGUCCAACCCCCAAAUGCUCUCCGUUCUAGGAAGAAAUGUACGUUCAGGAUGCGCACCAACAUGUGCAUAUGGAAUCCUGAAGUACAGUCAUGAUCAGAAGUGUCUUCUCCCCAGGAAAUCAAAAGUUAGUUAAUUUCUUGUUCAGUCUUUUCUAGUGCGUUUACCAAGUCAGAGUAGGUAGCUGCAUGACUGGAGGUAUUCAUACUUUUUUUUUGUAGUGUCUCUGAUGUAAGACAGUAUUUCCUUUUGGGAAACUGUCUAUAGCACAAUUCUGAAAAUGAGAUGACUGCAAUUAUGUGUUUUGAGUUUCUUUUGCCUUGAAACUUCUUGAUAGGUACUGGAAGGCAGAUGAGAGAAAAUGAUUUUUUUUGUAGAUUCAUCAAGCAUCUCUGGGGAGAUUCAAAGAGUUUCCUACUAGGUGUAUUGAAGAAAAUACAUUUCUUAUUAAAUAGAAAGAAAAGAAGAAGAAAGAGCAUUGAUAUCUAUCUAUGGUGAAGUAUUCACAGGCAAUGGAAUAUGAUUGCACAGGUUGCCUCCUGAAUAUUUUUUUUGUGCUUUCUCAGUUCAAAUGAGAGGAACACGUGUUUACAAAGAGAUGGUGCCUUUACAAAGUAAAGAAGAUCCUUGCCUCAUCUUGAGUUUGACCAGUGCUGCUGAAGAAAUUCCAUUUUGCUUGUUAAACCUCCUGAAUAUUUGUGGAGUAUCAGAAAAUGUGUUCUAGUUAUGUUGUAUCAUUUGUCUCCUGUAAAAUUUUUGUGCUCACUGUAUAACUUAACGGUAAAUAAUGUCUUGUUCCUCACAGUUAAAAGCUGUAAGGGUGACUGAAAGGAAAUUAGUGAUGUUUCUCUUUCAUGAAAUACUUGCUGUUUAAAUAAUGAGUCUUAGCUACAAAGUACGCUUCUUUGCUUUUGUAUUAUCAUUAUUUGUAUUAUUAUUUCUCACUGCAGUGCUACUGAUAUUGUUCUUCACCUUAUGUACUACCUAGCCAGCUACAGAACUGACAUCCCUACAGUAAUGCUGAGGCUCUUCUACUACUGAAAAAGUCCAGCCAGAGUUAGCAGCAUUGAGGCUUUAGCAGCCUUUCAGGUGAGCUUGCAGUUUCAGUGCCGUCAGUGGUGCAGUCUCUGGGUUCCUACAGCUGUAGUGCCAUCCUGCAGGUUGAAUCCUGCUUGAAGUUUUUUGUGGGUUACAGCUUGGUAUGGGGAACUUUGCAAUUCCCAAGAUAGUCUUUCAAGGCGUUAAGUAUAAUUAAAUGCUUUUCUUUUGCCUUGUUUCUCUAUCGAUUUAGAGAUUUCUUUUUUUAUAUAAAAAAGAACCUGUAUAUGUAGCUUUCUUAACAGCCUCUAAGCUUUGCUCUUAAUUUAGCGUUUUGUGUGAUAAAUGCUUGAGACAUGAGUAGGCUGAAUGGCAGUUUAUGUAUCUGAAAAAGCCAGGCAUAUCUGAACAUUCAUCUUUCCAAAAUGAGUCCAUGCCUCUGCCAGAGCCAGCACUAGAGAGAAAGCAGGCACACCUUAUGGCUCCUGGAGAGGCAAGCUCUAUGAGAGGAGUCUUCUGAGACAGCUGAAAGGAGAUGUCCAAAUGGCAGGCGAGAGGACAGGAGUGGAAGUAGAGGUACUUUAUUUAUCUCAGUUCUUACAUGAAAUGACUAACUGAUACCAGCUGCCCCAUUUAGGGAUGUACACGUUUUCAGCCGGAGUGAGCAAAGUGGAAGUUCCUUCCUUUUGCUUUCUAUGAGUGAUUUUUGCCUUUAGAGAAGUGGUGAUACUAUGAUAUAUAUAACUCUUCCACAGAAUACAGGUUCGGUAAAUCUUUACUGUGUUCAGACUGCAAUUGCUAUGCACUUUCCCUUUUAAAAGCAAAAGUUUAGCAGAACGUUCUGUUUUGGGGAUGUGCUUUCAAAUGUCCGAUAGAGUCUUUGGCACUAUCCAGAAUACUUUCUACAUGUCUGCUAAACGCUGUUCACGUUCUAAAGUUGAGCUCUUAAUUUAUUUUCAGAAUUCCUUUUCCCACUAGGUUCCAGUUUGUUUAGUUGUUUUCCGUUGAUUAUUGAAAACUAUUCCAGCCCUACUGGCUCCUUGUGUUUUUCAUCUUCUGCCAAAUUACUUGGCUGCCCUCUGAAACUGUCCAAACAAGGCUUUUGGCAUGCUAGAAAGCCUGCGGGGUCCCUGAAAAGAAAAUAUUCCUAAUAACGAAGGCUUAAUUACAUCCUGGAUUUAAUGCAGAUCAGAAGGAACUUGAAAGUUGGAAACCUGCGAGUAUAUAUUUAUUUGAAAGCUAUUUCUGGGCAAGGACUAAGUAUAGAAAUAAAAGGCUGAGUAGUAAAAUGAGAGACAAAUAAACCAAUAGUCUUCUCAUCUUUUUAUUAAAAAGGAAAAAAAAGAGGCUCUAACUUGUGGCAGAAACAGGUUUGGGGUAGUUGGGGCUUUUUUUUUUGCUUUUUAUUUGUUUGUUUUUAAAUAAUAUCGAUCAAAUGUGUCUGGACUUGGGAAUAGUAUUUCUGACUUGAUGAGCCAUGAGAUUGUGGCUCAGCCCUCUUCUGGCAGAGGCUAACAAUCAUAACUGCUUAAAGAGUAAUCAGCCCAGAAAUGGGACUGUGUGUGCCAACUGUGAGAGGACAGAAUAAGAAACCAUGUGAGGAGAGCCAUCCCAAUCCCAUGCAUUAAUUUGUGUUUUAAGUAUCUUUUCUAACUAUCACAGGAGUGUGUGAUUACUGUUACCAACCCAUGUUUCCUAGUGGAAAAAAUGCUUUUCGAAAAUGCUUUGGACUAACUUCUGUGUGUAUAACUAAGUGAAAUUGAGUUAAGCCGUGAGUAUGUAUCCCUCUCAUUUUCCAUUCUGUGAACUCAAUCUUGUCUUGCUGUACUUGUACCUAACACCUUCUGAAGCGUUAGAGACUACAAACGGUUCAUAGGCUACAAGCUAAGCUGUUGUAUCCAUGUUUUAUCCCCCCUACACACAACGUGCUGCCUGAAAUCUGUGAGGAGAAAUUGUUAAUACACAAAGUAGAAUGGAAUAAGCAAAAAUGUGCUUAAGAGAAAUGCAUCUUCUUGUAAGACCUGUGUUAUAUACUGCUUGUCUUUGUUCUCUCGGAGAUGGUGAAGACUUUUGCUGUAAUUUUUGUUAUUGUCCCAUUCUUUGUUUCAAAAUAAAACUAAAAAAAAUCCCUAUGAA